UUCAAUAGCGUUCACACCAAGUGACCGCAGCGCGGAUAACAUUUGGCCGCAAAUGUUUCUAAACUCGUCGUUCCACGCAGAUUUCCGAUUUCUCAUUCUCUGUCGAGGGAUCUCGCGCACGAUCGCGCUCAACAAACGAGAGCGCAAAACGUUUCCCGCGCAAAAUCAAACUUUGUACAGAGUGGACAGAAUAAAUAUUACAGCGAUUUAAUUUGAUCAACGAAAUAUUUGAAAAAAAGGAAAGUUCGCGGGACAAAUUACGUUAGCGAGAGCCGUUCACGGUUUCGUCGACUAAGCGUCUUCCAGCACAAAACAGCUGAUAUCAACAAGACCGAAAGAGUACCAUUGCUCUCGGUGCUGGAACAGAGUCUUCUCCAUCGUUCUCCAGUGCCCUUCUUGAGUACAGCCGGUGCUAUUAUUGCAGUGCGCUCUAAAUAUAGAUAAGAACGUGUGCUUGACGUAAAUCAUUUCUCCGUUCUUUUUAUCCCGAUUUUAUGUGCCGUCGAGAUCGAGGUUUACACGCUGACACUAUCGGCUGUUUUCGCAACAUGAAGAAGCUCAUCUUUCGAAUUCUCCUUGCAUUUUGCGCUCUGGAAUUAGCAAGAGCUGAUGCCAAUAAAUUAUCGGAGCCCCAGAGGAAUUAUAAUGGUGCCACAAGAUCGUACUGUCCCGCAAAUGCUUACGUCGGAAAUCAACCAGUCAAUCGACACGACAGUUCUCUACGAUUGAAACAACUCAGAUCCGAGAUGGUCCGUGUGGCGGCAGUUCAAGGGCCAGCCCUUGACGGUUACAUCAUUACAUCGGAUGAUGAGCAUCAAACAGUGAGCUUUGUUUCUCACGGCCGUGAUGGCCCUUUAGAGAGUGAGGCUGUGGAUCCACAUGAUAUGAGGAGAGAAUUUGUUACUGGAUUCUAUGGAAGUUCCGGAGAAACUGUUGUCACAAUAGACAAAGCAGUACUUUGGACUGAUGGUCGAUAUCAUAUUGAAGCAGAUUAUCAGCUGGACUGCAAUUGGAUUUUAAUGAAAUAUGGUGAAGAUGAUGUACCAUCGAUAACAGAAUGGUUAAUACACGAAUUCCAAAACCGGACAGAAGUACGUAUUGGUGGUAAUCCGAAAUUAAUAUCUGCAGAUACGUGGCAGACAUGGGAGGAUGAAUUGGCAAAUACAUUCGUAAGAUUGGUCGCAGUCCAUAACGACCUAGUGGACUUGAUCUGGCAGGUGGACCGGCCUGAAUACAAUUCGCACGCGGCGUAUCCGCUGACAGAUGAAUAUUCCGGCAAACCGUGGCAGGAAAAAGUUCAAAGUAUCCGGGUGGAAAUGGAAUUCUCGUCGGCUGACGCGCUCGUCAUCACCGCUCUGGACGAGAUAGCAUGGCUCUUCAACAUCCGCGGCUACGAUCUACCGCACACACCUGUUUUAAGAGCCUACGCGAUAGUCACUCAAGGAUCUCUGCAUCUCUACGCGCCGCGACACAAGAUCUUGCGAUCUGUUGACAUACACUUAAAAACCGAUUCUUGUUUUCACGCGAACUGCGUCAAACUGCAUAAUUACACGGCCAUUUGGUAUGAUUUGAAGACAAUGUCACAAGCCUGGAACAGAGUGUGGCUUCCGUCGUUUUACAGUUAUACAUUCGGUGCAUCCAAAGAAAUAUACAAUUCCAUUCCGCUAGAGAAAAGAUUACCUAAGCCUUCGCCUGUAAUCGAUCUACGAGCAGAAAAAAACAAAGUUGAGGUGGCGGGUAUGAGAAAAUCUCAUCUAAGAGACGCAGUGGCUAUGUGCGAUUUCCUGGCUUAUAUGGAAGAGCAGUACGAAUUGGACUCUGAAGGGUGGGACGAGAUGCAAGUGGCGAGGCUAGCGAAUGAAUUCCGUUACGAGCAAAACGGCAAUAGAGGCAUCGCCUUUCCAACGAUCGCCGGAUAUGGGCCGCAUGGAGCUAUACCGCAUUACGAGCCAAUGAAUUUGACCAAUGUUAAAAUCGGGACCACAUCCACGCUAGUAGUGGAUUCCGGAGGACAAUACUUGGAUGGUACCACCGACGUGACCAGAACGCUUCAUUUCGGAGUGCCGACCGAUGAACAGAAAAAUGCCUACACAAGAGUGCUGAUCGGUUCGAUCGAACUAUCAUCUUUGAUCUUCCCCAGUGAUGUAAUGACAGAUCAAUUGGAUGCCGUUGCACGGAGACCGUUGUGGAGCAUCAAUUACGAUUACAUGCACGGGACUAGUCAUGGAAUCGGUCACUUCUCUUCAGUUCACGAAUCGCCUAUCCACAUAGCAUAUGACGGCAGAAAUUCGGCAGGACGGUCUAUCAAGUUGAAGCCAGGAUUCUUCCUAUCGAACGAACCGGGAUACUACAAAGAAGGUGAUUUUGGAGUUCGUUUGGAAAACAUACUUGAAGUAAUUCCAGCUGACAAAUCAAUUCGUAAUGCACGGAAGUUUCUCAAAUUCAGGGACGUCACUUUAGUUCCUUACGAACCGAAACUUAUUGAUAUCGAUAUGCUGACUCCGUUACACCGACGUUGGUUAAAUAAUUACAACAAACGUAUACGGAAAGAAGUCGGCACAGAAUUGAAAAAGAGAUUAAAAAUGAAAGCAUUUUACUGGAUGAUGCUGAAAACUGCGAGCAUUCCAGAGACAAAUUCAGGUAGCAAGGACUUUUUUCCUUAUUAUUCUCACUCAACACCAUCUGCUAUCAGGCAAUUCCACGUCUUAGUUGUGAUCGUCGCAGUUUAUCAUGUCAUAGCAAAUUUUACGAGAAUGAACUGAACUGGGGAAGCAUGUCGAUUGCGUUACUCGAAUAUCUUAUAAAAUACGUCGCAUAACUUUUUUUACUAUAAA